AUGGACACUAAAAUUUAUUCCAUGCCAAAAGGGAUGCAUGCUAUUCCAGGGCACCUGCUUGACCUGCGCUCCGACUCCGAAGUCGACCAUGAUCUCCUCCACCCCAAGCCCGUCACCGACGAAAAGAACGUCUGGUUUUUCUGGCACAGCGGAUUCCAAAACAUGCAUCCCUACACCCAACGCAACAUACGCGCCUGGCAUAGAAGGUUCUCCCCCCAAGGAUGGGUAAUACGCGUGAUGGACAGACUACCAUCCUCGCCCCUCAACGUUGCCAAUUUCCUCGAUAUCGCCGAUCCGGGCACCUUUCCCCGUGCCUUUGUCGACGGCACUAUUGGUGGCGAUUACGCCCCUCAGCAUAAUUCCGAUCUCGUCAGAUGGCCGCUCCUUCUCAAGUAUGGAGGCGUGUACGCUGAUGUAGGCUUGAUGCAACUCGGCGACUUGGAUCGUAUGUGGAGUGAGACGGUUGGGAAUCCCGAUUCCCCGUUCGAUGUCCUUUCUUAUAACAUGGGUGGUGUUGAUGAGCGCAGUCUGACGAAUUACUUCCUCGCUUCUGGUCGCGACAAUCCGCUUUUCGCACGGUGCCACAAGCUUUUCUUGGAACUGUGGGCGGCUGAUGACGGGAAGGCAAGUACGGAGGGGAUGCAUAGUAGCCCGUUGCUGCGAGGUGUUCCGUUGUUAGGCCAGACGCUGAGUUUCGAGGAGAACGGCAAGAAGUAUGGCCCAGAGGAGGCUAGCCGAAUGUUGUCGGACUAUAUCACUCAAGGCCAAGUCAUGUCAAUGGUCAUGGGAUUGAUUGACGCGGAAGGUGGCUGGGAUGGACCUAGGUAUUGCGCUGAGAGGGUUUAUGCCAUCGAGUAUAUGGUUGGCUCGCAACUUAUCAAUGAGAUGACCGCGUGGGACGGCACGAAGGCAUUUCGUCUGAUGUCUCUAUCGCUUGCCAAGGAUGGGGAGGCAGAGAGCUCUGAGCAGGAAGAGGCAAGAAAGAUCGUCGAGGCGUGUCUCCAGAAGAGCUUCGGGUUCAAGUUGGCCCACGGCAUAAUUCUCAGAAUGCUGGGAGCGACGCUUGGCUCGUUGUGGAGGAAGCAUGAUGGUUCUGAUAAUGUGCAGGGAACCUACGCGCAUUGGCUGAGACACGGUACAAUGUAUUGGAAUCAGGAUGGAAUCCCACCCCGUAUGGAUUUCCAAGUGGUUGAGCCUUUCAAAAGAGGGCCUCUGUUGAGAGAGAAAUGA